GAGAGCUUGCUGGGAGCGCGAGCGUAGUGGCAUCAUACGCAAGGGGCGUGACGGAGGCGUGUCAUAACAUAUCAGCGCCACUGUUUCAUGUGUUGAUCGAGCCCUGCUGAGAACUGCGCUCUUUCUUGCUUCACCGGAGUAGACAUAAACAAAUCAUUAACAGCUAAAGGUGCAGUUUUCUCCAGCAACAUAUGCGCUGUCAGGGCUAACAUCGGCAGAGUUUAUUGUGGCUAACGGAGAGGAUAGAUCGCUCCUCUGGGAAGACGUCGAGAAGUCGGCCACAGGUAGCUGUUUCGGCUCUGAAUAUUAAAGUACAGGUCAUGCGGGUGUCUUCGGAGGGGCAGAGAGCUGUGAUCCAGUGCUGCUGUUACUGCUAGUGACCCCGGUGGACUGAUCGCUUUUGCCGCAAGCUGAGCAGGAACGACGGAAUAAGCAUGUCCCGAAGAAAGCAGAGCAAACCCCGGCAGAUCAAACGCUCUAUUGGGGAUCUUAAUGGAGGUGAGGAUCCAUCUGACGAUGUAAGUGUGUCAGGAGAGGAGGGCGGGGCUUCAGACCAGGAGGACUCUGCAGAGUGUGACGGUUCAAGUCCACCUUCAUUUACACCACUUUAUAACGAAGAGCCAAGAACCCAUGAGUCCCUGGCGGUGCAGGAUGAGGGUGAGGAAGAUGAGAAAGGACCAAAACACUGUACAGAAGAUGAGGAGGAGGAAGAGGCAGAUAGGGAAGGGGAACCCCAGUGGAACGGCCCAGAUGAUCUUAUGCUAAGCGGUAGUGCUGAUGACUUCAAGGUCCUGGCCCUCAGGGACCUGUCAGGUGACACCAUGUGGGGUCCGUUUUCUGGCAGCAUCCAAUCAGGGGAGACAACAGAUGGACCUGCCAAUGAGAGGCCUGUAAUGUCUCUGGAGUGUGAGGAGGCAGACUGCUGGCUCAAAAGGAUUCCUGUUACCUCAAGCCCCACCGAGUCAAACUGCAUCAUCUACAAUCAGGGAGGAGCAUUAUUCUGUAAGCUGACGCAGGAGCUGUCCAGUGGAGAUGCACUUUAUGCAACACUGUCCUGCUCCACCGCGGAUCAGUCGGCGGUGACUGAGACCCAGAGCGUGCGGGUGAAGGAGGAGCCAGCGUACCCUGCAGCUUUGCACUCUGAGAUCCAGCUCCUCCCUCAACAGGCUGGCAUGGCUGCCAUCUUAGCAACUGCUGUCGUUAAUAAAGACAUUUUCCCUUGCAAAGACUGUGGGAUCUGGUACAGGAGUGAGAGAAAUCUCCAGGCCCAUCUUAUGUACUACUGCGCGAGCCGACAGAAGCAGCAGACCUCGGCCUCUCCUCCACAGGACAAGCCUAAAGAUUCGUAUCCUAAUGAGAGGCUGUGUCCAUUCCCACAGUGCAACAAAAGCUGCCCCAGUGCCAGCUCACUGGAGAUCCACAUGAGAACGCACAGUGGAGAACGUCCAUUUGUGUGUUUGAUUUGCCUGUCGGCUUUCACCACUAAGGCGAACUGUGAGCGGCACUUAAAGGUUCACACAGACUCUCUGAAUGGUGUGUGUCACAGCUGUGGUUUCAUCUCCACAACGCGAGACAUCCUGUAUAGCCACCUGGUCACCAGUCACAUGGUUUGCCAGCCUGGCUCUCACAGUGAGGUGUACUCACCCAAACUGGCUGCAGGCUUGAGUCCAGGAGACUCUGGCAUUGUUCUGAAAUGUCAAGUGUGCGGCUACUCCGCCGACACACCUGCCCUACUUCAGCAGCAUGUUCACACACACCUGGAAGUGAGGGUUCCAGCUGAGAGGAGCCCUGUGCCUCGCCAGAGCAGUCCUCCUUCCCCUGAGCUUCCAGAGCUGCAAGAGACGGAGCCUGCUGCCUGUGUGCCCCGACCAGAUUCCUCCAGCCCAGGAGCCAAUGGCAGCUCAGCCUCUCAAGGCUGCAGUCCCCUCAGCCAACUAAAUAUCAAAGAGGAGCCACGUUCAGACUACGAAAACGACUCAAAGGAAGAAGAACAGGCGGGCAGUCCUCAAGGAAAUGCUGUGGAGGCAAGCUCAUCUCAUUCUACUUCACCUAAGAGCCCCAUAGUGGUGGCAGUUAAGACGGAGCCAGCCAGUCCCACUCCAGGUUCCAGUCCCAUACACCCUGGAACGGGCAGUUCGGUUCUCCCUGGAGGUGCAGUGUUCUUACCACAGUACAUGUUCAAUUCUGAAGCUGCCAUAAUGCCGCAAGCAUCUGAAAUCCUGGCAAAGAUGUCUGAGAUGGUACACAGUAGGCUUAAACAGGGACAAGGACCAGCAGCUGGACAGCAGAGCUUCUACCCACCAGGCUCUCCUGCUAGCGUUCACAAAGGAGCCACUUGCUUUGAAUGUGACAUCACCUUCAACAACAUCAACAACUUCUACGUCCACAAGAGGCUUUACUGCUCCAGCAGGCAUCAGCAAGGUGAGGCAGCAGGUCUAAUGAAGGAAGGGGCGGUCACAGCAGCUGCUCCUCCUGCCGCUCAUGCUGCUUCACCCCAGGCCAGACCGGUCAGCCGCGCGGCUUCGGCCUCUCCUAGCUACCCUGACCCUGCCCCAGGAGGCACGGCCUCGGAGCCCAAGUUAGUGGAGGUGAAAACUGAGGAACCAGGGCUGAAAGAGGCCACCUGCUCAUCCUCCUCAGAGGGAGAGGGACCUGGGGGAGGCCAGGCCAGCGAGGGUAGCCAAAGUCCUAGUGGCUCUGCUGAAGACCAAGACGAUGAUCCCACUCGCACCUUCUGCCAGGCCUGCAACAUCCGAUUCAGCCGCCACGAUAACUACAUUGUCCACAAGCGAUUCUACUGCGCCUCGAGACAUGAUCCCUCCAACCAAAGGGGCAAUUCUGGUAAGACUGCCUUCCUUCCCCAACCUAUUCGCACACGCAAGCGCAAGAAGAUGUACGAGAUCCACAUGGCUCAAACUGAGGCUUUGGCCAACGCCACUGCUUUGCCAGCAGCAACAAGUCUGGGGGUAAAACAAGAGGGCCCUUCCGUUCCUCCAUUGCCCCAAGUAUCCACCCCAUCACGCAGCUCAAGUCCUGAAGGUGAUGGACCCAUCGACUUGAGUAAAAGACCCAGACUAAGAGAAAGCCAGAGAGGGGGCAGUGUUCCUGCUUUGCCCCUUACUGACUACCACAAGUGUACUGCCUGCAGCAUUAGCUUCAACAGCAUCGAGAACUACCUAGCCCACAAGACCUACUACUGCCCUGCAACAACCCUGCAACCGCACACUAUGGAACAGCUUAACCGGUUGAAGAGGCCUGCUUCCACUUCCCCAAAGAACCGAGCAGUAGACGUGCACCCUGACGCCAAAGGGCUUCAGACAUGUAAAACCGCAGCGGUUCUGCAUCCAUCUGCCCUACCUGGCUCUGAAUCCACUCCUCCACAUGUGCAGGGACCAAAGACCCCCAGCACCUCCCCAGUGGUGUGUCCUUACUGCCCUCCCAACAGACCGCUGACCUGUGAUCUGAUGGAGCAUUUUAAAACGACUCAUGGUCUGGUGCUCACACUACAACAACAUCUCGAGUCAACCCAGUCCUCUAGAGUCAGUCCUAGUCCUAGCCUUAGUCCACGGGAUGGAGCUCCUCUCACCCCUCCUAAAAAACCAAGCCCUCGGCACCGUAAGAAUAGCGUGAAUGGUCGGAGCAUCAAGGUGGAACCAACAUCUCCUUCCUCACCUGUGCUUAAUGGAAGUCCGCUAGAACCCCAGUCUGUGGGGUCUGGUUUUCCGAAAACCGCACCCCCUGCCCUCUCCCCUACAGGAGUAACUGUGUCACCUGUGCCUGAAGCGCUAAGAGAGGUUGGGCAGCUAGGCCACACCCCAUUACCCACACUCCUCCCUGAAAAGGCAGGCCUUGCUGUAAGCCACGUCCACACAACUCUGUCCACACCUAAAACACCCCUCGCCUCUCCUCUGCAGAACGGAAACACCCGCUACUGCCGGCUGUGCAACAUCAAAUUCAGCAGCCUCUCCACUUUCAUUGCACACAAAAAAUACUACUGUUCCUCUCACAGUGCCGAACAUGUCAAGUGAUCCCUCUACCCAGUCAAUUCUGCCAUUCCUCUCAUGCAUAUAAGUGCCAAUCACGGCACUGCCCGACCAGAGCAUGAUAGCGGGACUGUUACUAGCCAGAUACGGACAUCUUCAUGCCGACCGCGUUAUCUGGUGUUGUUACUAUCGUAACUUAUUAUACGUUAUGGGUCAAGUUUGUAUUACACUAAGAGAUGAGACUACCUGCACACACAGAAUGUGCCCCACUGACUUAUUCCCUCAUCCAUGCAGACUACUUCUUUCAUCUGUGAGUUUAAAAAUCUGCUGAUGGAAAUAACAUCUUGCCCUUUAAUUAGCUUUGAAAAUGCUGUUUUAAUCACUCCUAAGUUUUUAUGUUCAUUUUAAUCAAUGAUGGCAUUGUAUAUUGGUAAAAGAUUGUUUGACUGAGCCAUUUUUAUUUUGUUUUAAUUUUUUUAAUUUGGGGUUAAUUCUGACCCCUAGUGGAGGUGUUUAUAGAACCCAGUCUGCAGAUUUUUGUCAAUACACUGAUGCAAAAAAACUGGAGUAAAAACUGAGUUACCCAGUGGAAACUGGUGUCAUCUGGUUACCAGUUCAAGAUGAAAGUUUUUGAAUGAUAACAAAUAUGAAGAAACUAUUUAUCAUCUAUCAUCCUCAUGCAUUUCAUGUAAGUUAAAUACUACCUAGUUUCUUUUGAAAGAAAGACUUUGUUUUUGUUUUCAUACUGUCAAAAGGAACCAUUUCAAUCUUCAGUGUGGUGUUUUUCUUGGUUCUUGCAUAUGAAAUUGUGUCAUAUUUGAAUUUUUUGCAUUGAUCAUUGGGACUUGAGAGGAAAUUCUGUAAGUGUUGGUCUAGUGAGGGAGAAGACGGCACACACUGUACUGUCUCAGUAUUUGGUCGUUGCUUCCAGACAGACAUUUUCCAUCAGAUGGAUGUGCAUUACGGAUCUAAGGACUGUUUUGGGGUUUUAGGGUUUGGAUUUUGAACAGUUUUAGAUGUUAGCUGUCUCUAGUCACCUUGCCGAAUGCAAAACUUUCACUGAUUCAAAUCCAUAACCCUUCUGACCUACUGAAAAAGUGCCAUCUGUACUCUAGACGAACCAUCAUGGACAUGCAAAGAAAAGCAUGUUUUUUUGGGUCUUUGUUUCUUUUUCUUUUUAACCUUGAAAUGAAGUAUAGCAUAGAAUAGAUUCACAUAAAUGUCUUGCACACUGCUGAAUGAUGUUGAAGGCCACUGAAAGCAAGAGAAUUUGAAACUGACUCAUUGCUCGUAUUGCUUCUUUCUUAAACUGGCAACCCAGUGUCACUCUUGUCCUUCUCUCGUUCGCUCUGUUUCUCUCUCUUUUUCAAUUUUGCAUUCUCAAUGAUGACUCAGUGAUGUUUUAUGCUCCUUUACAUGUGCGUGAAUGUUGAAAAGAACAGCGUCAUGCAAUCUAUCCUCUUGUGCGGGCUACCUUGGCAAAGCCUUAACAAAGCCUCUCGUCAAUAUGUCUGAAACAACGGGUCACUUACGUCCACAAUGCUCGUUGCUCUCCCCCACUAAGUGGACUUUGUGUAUGUUACCAGUGGUGUUUCCCAUUUCCUGUGUUACAAAAAUGCAACCUCAGUCGUCUCUGCGGUAAGAACAGGAACGAGUGCAAAUGAGAACAGUUUAAAUUUCUCUAUGCUGUUGUGGGUUUGAAACGGUGCUGCACCCGUUGUGAACUCAGAGGUGUUUACAAUUCCAUUGUUUUAUCAUUUAUCGACUGUCUCAAGUCCAAAAGACCAGUGCUGAAAACCUUUGACCUUUCCAGAUCCCUUUUCUAUUGCACUGUGUUGUACAAAAAAUGCUGAAUGUUUUAGUUUUAGAAGCUUUUUUGUAUGUAUUUAUGUUUUUACAGCACUUUUCCUUGUCCAAACCUAUCCCCGAAGGAUUUAAUCGUGAAUUUAGAACAUUCUAAAACAAAUGAAAGAUAAUUAAAAUACUUUGUGAAUAAUUAAAAAUGUUGAUGGAAAAAUAAUGUCAACCUUUUUCUUUUUCUUUCUUUUUUUUUUUAGCUACAAAAAGUUCCACUACACACUUGUCCAAACUAUGCAUGGGAAAUAAAGAGUCCAGAAGGACAUUCAAAGUGCAAGAGAACUUGUCGUACUCUUCUCUCUCUAAGUAGUUUGUAGACUGUGAUGCAACACACAUUCUGCGUUCUGGGAACUUUGCAUACCAUUGUUUUUUUAUGAAGUGAUUUAUUUAUUUUUCUCUUUGGCUCAACCGUUUGACAGACAGUGUUUGUAUUGGUGGCAUAUUUUAUUUUUGUGUAUGAGAACAAGGGUUAGUUCACACACACACACAGAAAAAAGAAAAUUGGGCCAUUUACUAACUCGUGUCAAACACUGCUUUUUUUUUUUUUUUUUUUUUUUUAAGUGAAAAUAUCUAUUUAGAAGAAUAUCCAGACUACUAGAACUGGACAGUAGAAAAAUCUCUUUCCACUUUAGUUGCAUGAAAAAAACAACAACAUAAUUGGUCCAAAAAUCAACCCUUGGAUUUAUUUAUUAUUUUACAUAUACAAAAGAAUACUUGAACAACUUUAAGGGAUCUUUUUAAUACAGUCUUUGUGCCUGCUAACAGGAAGCACAUAUCAGUGUUGAAAUGAUGUUCUGUUCUACACUACAGACAGCUUACAAGCAAGUUCACGUCAAUAUUUACAUUCACAGACUGAAGGUUGUUGUACAAGGUGAAUUAUUACUCAUUUCCCACCACUCUUUUACCAUUAUUGUUUCGUCAAGCCUUUUGAUUUAAAAGUAUUGCUCACGCAGCCAUUCCAGAGGCAGCAUGCUUUUACAGCACACUCACUAAACCCGAGCUGUAAUUAUCUGAAUAAAGCAAAGCUUUCUUGACUUAAGUAUCAAGGCUAUUUCGCCCCCUGCUCUUUAAAAAGAUUGUUGGAUGCCUGUACCUGUGGAUUAUUCUUCAUUGUGACUUCAUUACUCACUCUUUAACCAAAAAAACUGAUAAAAACUUCUCAUCUUGACAUCUCAUAUUAAUUCAAGGCUCUUUGCUUUUAUUUUGUCAUCAUUUGAGCCUAGGGAAAGAUCUCUCAGGUAUUUUUAUUAUACAAAUUUAUUGGUGAAACUGUGGAGGAAAAAAAAAAGACGUUAUGUUUCACAAAAUGAGCUUUAGGGAAUAAACCGUAACUUUUGGCGCUCUAGCGGUUAAUAAACAUAACUGCAUGCAUUUUUUGCGGAAGAACAUUUAGCCGGAGCUACUUCUCUCUGUUUAUGUCUUUGACAAAUCAUGCAGUGGUUCCACCAGAACCAGUCUGAAAUAGUCCGAAUAUAAAAACGUAUUAUAGUUGUACCGUAGUGAUUCAGGACAAGCCAAAAACACUGUUUGGAAAACAGAUACAUGUAGUAAUGUAACUCGGGGAGUUGAGGGCAAUUUUACCUUUUCAGUUUUCAUGGUCAGACUGAAUGAUAUUUAAUGAAAAGGCUUUGUUGAAUGGUAUUUAAAAUCCAUUAGGUGUUUUAAUGGGCACAAUACCUUACAAAUUGUAGUGGUAAAUUCCUAAAAUUUCCAUUUCUGCAUAAUGAUGCACAAAUCCUGCUAGAAUUGAGUUAUUUAGCAUAUCCCUGACUUGCAGAGGUAGACAGGUCCCAAGACAAGAGCUCUACAAUGCUACAGCAUUAAUGGAGGUAACAAUAGGGUUUAAACAGGAGCCGCCCUGCCAUAAAAACAUUGCUCCUUAGAUGUUCACCCUCUUUAUGAAUGUACAAGGAGGCUUUAUUGUUGAUAACCCAAGUAGAAUACAACUGUAUCUACAAACAAUCAUUUUCAAGGCUUAAAAUAUUCUGAAGUCAAGGGUAGCCCUUGUUUCCUAACAUUAGUCCAUAAAGUGAUGCAUGUACACUCUUAAAAUAUAGGUUCCAAAUGGGGUUUUGCAGCAAUGCCAUAGAUGAACCAUUCUUGGUUCCCCCAAGAACCUUUUAGUAAAGAGUGUAUAAGACUUAUUGCACUCUGAAAUUAAUUCAACCAUUUUCAGCUGCAUUUACCAGGUCAUAAAACAUACUGAACUUGAUUAAUUCAUAGCCAAGCAUGUCUAAAACAGAAUAAAAGGGUUAGAGAAUCAUGACCCAGAGGUCUCCUCUUUAGGGACAUUUACAAGUACCUGACAUGUUUUUCCUUGUACUAGUUUUUAAAACCUCAUUUAGGAUUCAGUUAACGUAUUUCCCAUUUAUUGGAGUUGUGACCCAUAUAGAUCUCCCUUGGAACAGAGACGAAGAGUGAAAAUAGAGUCUGUCUGUGCAAAAUACACUAAUCAAUAAAGAAAUAUGAGAACAAAGCUCACCUGCAGUGCAAGAAUGCAAUUUAGCACAGCAUGUAACAGACAGUGAUGAUUAUAACCAAGUGGCACAUGUAAUCAAGUGCACGUUCAUGAAGGUCAGAUUAUCUUUAGGUGGUCAUAAUUCACGCUUUUAGUAUCUGGCAGUGUUUCUUUUUUCCUUUUAGUCAUCUGAAUGCUGUAAAAUGGCACAGCCUUUAGUGUGACAGCUGGCAAUGCAGAUAAAGUCAAUGAAUGCAAUUUCAGAUGCUGUGUAUUCUCGAGCCGGUUUUGAAUUUUCUGAAUGGCUUUUCAAUCGUGUGUCUUGAUGUUGCUGUACCUGUGUCUGCCACCUGUCUGUCUGCAUGGGUUAAACCUUCCAAAAAAAUGACAUUAAAAUGAAGGUGCUGUUUUGAGUGGUUUUGGUUACAGCGAUCCAAGUCAGGUGGUCUAUUAUUCUGAAGUACCCAAAGCAGAUAGCUGUCCACUUUGGCAUCCUCAAUACACAUCAAGUGUCAGAUCUUCUGCAACCUCCCCUGGCCUUUGCUGAGCUCAUCUCCGAAUAUGAUUUGGCACCACUUUAUUUCAUCAGUGUUUUUCAUUUUCUUAAUGACUUCAGGGCUGACAGCAGUAGUGGAGAUGAACAGUCAUAUCCUUGCCCAAGGAAAUGCUCUUCAAUUUUUGUUAUACAGCAUGUUUAACAAUAAAAACAACAACAAAAUAUCAUAAUUCACCCUUUCUUGCACUUCUUCCUUUUUUAUUUUUGCACUCAUUCUCUAUCCCUUCUGGGCUGAAAGUUUAGUGAUGGGGUCAGUAACUAAAAGUUGCGAAAAUCUAACAUCUAUCUAAAUCUAUUUAUCAGCAGUCAUGGUAGGUAAGCAGUACACAGUAGCUUGCUGAGCAAUUACAGCAGCAACAAGCUACUUGUCCAGCAAGAUGCAAUUGUAUGACUUUGUCAUUUGUGACUGUAUAUUGUACAUGCUGCUUUAAAGUCGAGCAAACUAAACUGAAAUAAUUAAACACGUUAAACUUAAAUGUCUAUGCUUUUUUCAGUGCUGGAAAGUUCGAUUCAUUUUAGUGAAUCAGUUCGUUCGGAAGAGUCAUUUAAAUUAGACAUGAACAGUGAUGCCUUGGGAAGUAGUGAAAUAUAGUUUGGGUUCAGUGGGAAGGGUAUAGACUGUUUGUCUGUUUUUGUAUUAAAUUGUAUUUUUGUAGGUUUCCCAGGCGGUGGCAUUUGAAGGGGCGGUGGGUGCACAUGUGGUGUAUUGAAUUUGGCUGCCAUGGUGUUACUUUUGCAUGGUGUUUGGACAUGAAUGAAUGUGUGUUGGUAGUGUGUGUACACAACCAUCCUAUAAUGAUAAAAAUCCACACUUCUUUUUUUACAUCUCCAUAAAUCAUAAGCAGUGUCUCCCAACUAGGACUUGGUUUUCUGACUUGGUGCUAAUGUGACGUCACAUUAGCUAUAGGCUUCGCCCACGAAUGUUGACAGAUGCUGCUGUUUUCACACAGAACCACCCUGAGCGAGUUCACAGUGAGUUGUACACAGUCCGCCAUUGCUGCACUGAC